UACGCUCCACACCGGCACCCGGCGCCCCGCACCAUGCUGGGCCUCAUCCUCAGAUGCGUUGCAGUGUUGGGCGUCCUGCAGCUGGUACCAACUGAGGGACAUCUUUACCGGCUGCCGCCGGCGCGCUGGGAACUGCAGCAGGGUAGGGCUGAGCCGUCUCCGGUGCAUCUCGAGUUACCACCCGCUCCGUCGCUGGACGAGCUCGAGCAGCGCCUCAGCUUGUCGCUGGACGAGCUCGAGCAGCGCCUCGGCCUGUCGCUGGACGAGCUCGAGCAGCACCUCGGCCUGUCGCUGGACGAGCUCGAGCAGCGCCUCGGCCUGUCACUCGGCUCGGACGAGCGCCCGAAGAAGGCGCUCACGCUGCUGCGCCGGCUGCCGCUGUCCAUGUUCCAGCGCGGUGGCCCCGUUCCGGACGGCGAGCGCGGCACGCCGACGGUGCGCAAGCUACGUUUCGGCCGCCGGUAG